UCUAGAAUUUAUGAAGUUUUCAAAUUUACAAAUAUUAAGAGCUGAAAAUAAAAGCAUCUUAAAUUCCGAUUGUUCCAGCGCCUUCCAGUGCGGUGCCCAUGACUUCGAGGCUUAUGCAAGCGGUUCUGUAUGAAGCCUAUGGUGGCGGAUCGGCUGCGCUCAAGCAUGCAGAAGUUCCCAUUCCUAAACCCAAGACAGACGAGGUUUUGGUUAAAGUGGAAGCAGUUAGUUUGAAUCCAAUUGAUUGGAAAAUUCAGAAAGGACUGAUACGUCCCUUUUUUCCUCGCAAGUUUCCUCAUAUUCCUGGCACUGACGUAGCUGGAGAAGUCGUAGAGGUUGGAGCAGGAGUCAAAAGCUUAAAAGCUGGGGACAAAGUUGUUACAUAUCUUAGCCAUGCUACAGGAGGUGGACUUGCUGAGUAUGCUGUAGGAAAGGAGUCGGUAACAGUUUACAGGCCCCCCGAAGUGACAGCGGCCGAUGGCGCUGCCCUACCUGUCGCAGCUUUGACAGCUCACCAGGCUCUCACCCAAGUUGCCGGUGUCAAGCUUGAUGGGAGUGGCCCUCAAUCAAACAUUCUCAUCACUGCUGCCUCUGGUGGCGUUGGUCAUUAUGCUGUUCAGCUAGCGAAGUUAGGAAACACACAUGUGACAGCUACUUGCGGCGCCCGUAAUAUCGAGUUUGUGAAGAGCUUAGGUGCAGAUGAGGUUAUUGAUUACAGAACCCCAGAAGGGGCCGCCUUGAAGAGCCCAUCAGGUAAGAAAUAUGAUGCAGUGGUUCAUUGUGCCUCGGGGAUCCCAUGGUCUGUAUUUGAACCAAACUUAAGUCCUAAUGGUAAGGUCAUAGACAUUACUCCAACUCCUGCUGCCUUGGCGACUUUUGCCUUCAAGAAACUGACCUUCUCCAAGAAGCAGCUGGUGCCAUUGUUGAUGUCUUUCAAGAGUGAGAAUCUGAGCUAUCUUAUCAAUCUGAUCAAGGAACGCAAGCUGAAAACAGUGAUCGAUUCACGGUAUCCUCUCAGCAAAGCUGAAGAUGCUUGGGCAAAAAGCAUGGACGGCCAUGCCACUGGCAAAAUCAUUGUGGAGCCUUAGGGUAAACACAAUGUACUUUUAAGGCUGGUUUUGGCUUGUGUCAUUGUGGCAUAUCAUGUAUCAUGAUGGUGAUAGUUGUGAAAUAUGUAAAUGUCUAAUUUAGUCCUAAUGAUCGUGUCACUUGUUUUGUUUUUGUUUUUGUUCAUACUCUUUUAAAGUUGUUAAGUUCGUCGUAUGUGUAUUUAGUACUUUUUUUCCAAAUAAGUUCGCGUGAACGUGAAAUGUUACAUCAAUGAAGAAAAGGACAGGUAUAAGUUUGGAAAUAACUAUUUGUAUGAGAUUAAGGAAAAAAAAUACUGUUUAUAGAUUU